AUGUUGGGUGCACAAAGUAUUCCUGUUGAUUUUCCCAAUGCUCGGGUAAUGAAACAAAUAGCAGAAGAAGAGAUUGAAGACUGCAGACCUGAUCCUAUAAAACUUAGCAUCAAUUUUGGCCAAGGAUCGCAACAGACAGGUAGUUGCCUUGCAUGUGGAAAUUGUUUGUCAGGAUGCCCCUAUAAUGCAAAGAAUUCUACAGACAAGAAUUACUUAGCUUCAGCAGUUCAGGAUGGGUGUGUGGUGAAAACUGAACGUAAAGUACUUUACAUCUCAGAAAACUCAGAUACAAAUUCUGAACAAAGACGAAGGUGGAGAGUAUACUUUGAUGAUCUAGAAUAUAUAACUGCAGAUUUUGUAGUUCUUUCGGCUGGAGUUUUAGGGACAAGUGAGAUACUGUUUCAGUCUAAAAGGAGAGGACUCAAUCUCUCUGAGAGAGUUGGACUUGGAUUAAGUUGCAACGGAAACAACGUAGCUUAUGUUGCUGGAAGCCAAGCACCUUUGAAUGGUUAUGGACUUACUAAAAAGCAGUUUUUAGGAAUCCCAUUUCAGCACAGGCCAGGGCCAGCAAUUUCUUCGUCAUUUACUUCUUCCUCGGGCUUCACAAUCCAGAGUGGAGUGGUUCCAAGAUCAUACCCCUAUUUGUUGUUUAAAGGAAUAACGACCUAUGGAUGGCCUAAUGGUUUCUGCUUCUUACAUGGAUUGAUCGACAAAUUGAAGCAUGCGAUGGGUUUUAAAGCUAGCGAAGCAGUGGUUCUUAAUGCAAUGGGUUAUGAUGCAUGCAAUGGAAUAAUUACAUUGGAUGAAGAAACAGAAAAGAUAUGUGUCACUCCUCCUCAUGAUCCUCUUCUCCCAAAAAAAAUCCAAGCACUUCAGAAUCUCACUAAGAAAUUAGGAGGGAUUCUAUUUAUGUCUAGAUAUCGAAGCACAACUGUUCAUCUCUUAGGCGGGUGCAAUGCAGCAUCAGAUCCAUCAAAUGGGGUUUGUAAUCCAAAAGGACAAGUUUUCCAUCCGAAUGGUGACCAAGAUAUGGUGCAUAAAGGCCUCUAUGUAUGUGAUGCUUCAUUGAUUCCUUGUUCGAUAGGCAUAAACCCUUGUCUCACAAUUACAACAGUGGCAGAGCAAGUAAGUAGGCAUCUAGUGCAAGAUGUUUUAAGCUUCAAAAGAACAAUCCAACAUCUUCAAACUGUGGGAGAUAACGACAAAGCCCGACAUGAGAUUAUACAAGAUUUGAAAUGCGUCAAAAAAACUAUUGAAUCUACUGAUUCAUGUUCCAUUAAGGAGAAGCUCACCAUGGGAGCUCAUGAAAAAGUCACGGUGAAGGAAACAAUGAGAGGCUUUAUUGGUGGAAUGCCAUGCACAGCUUAUCUUGUACUAAAGAUGAAUUCCUUGGAUCAGAAUGACUCCAAUGAAGAGACACAAUCACUACUGAGAGGGAGGGUUGGUGGAUAUGUCGUAUUCCAAGCAGUUAAUAAGGAUAAACUCUAUAUUGUAGAUGGCAAGGUUGACAUGUGCAAAAUAGACAUUAGAACUCCCUAUACACAGUAUAUGCACUAUAGACUAAUUUUGGCUUCAUCGUCAGGGUCAAGGUACAUUUUCGAGGGGAAGAAGGUAAUGAAUCCCUAUUUACUAGCAAUGUAUGCUUUGCACGAGUCUACAACCUUGCAUGCUAAUUUCAGAACGCUAUCUGCAAAUGAUUCUGAGGCAACUGGAGAGCUGUUCACUCUUAGAGGAGAACUUCACAUAUCUUUGUUUGAAGUCCUGAAGAGUUUCUUGAAGCUGGAAGGGAGACAUAGAAGGGAAUUUGUAUGCUCUCUUUUGCAAAGCCUUUGGAGAACUUACAUCUUACAGAUACCUCGGCAAAUGAAAUGUGAUGUUGGGCUACCAAAUAUCACAGAAAUUCCUUAUCCGCGAAGUACAAUUCAUGAACUAAAAACGGAAGAUGGAUGCACAAUCAGCUGCCAACAAUGGAAACACUAUGCGAUGAAUUCUGAAAAUGAAAAAACUCGAUACCCAGUUCUUUUACUAAAUGGACACUCAACAGAGAGUUACUGUCUACCAACUGAGGAAAGAGAUUUGGUUCGCACGUUAUUAGAAGAAGGACAUGAGACGUGGCUGCUUCAAUCGCGACUUCACCCUUCACACCCUUCAAACAAUUUCACAAUUGAAGAUAUUGGAAGGUUCGACAUUCCCUCAGGUCAGAACCUUUCGUUUGAACUUAUACCGAAGUUACAUUGGAAGAGGAUUUUUGACCUUAUUCCCUCAUUAUUUGUUCAGUGA